AUGAAGGGAAUUUUCAAGAGGAAAGAUUCAAAAUUACCACCCGAUGCAUCUACACUGGACAAAGCCCUUUUGCGCCCUGCUGUGACGGUUGAACGCCUCUCCAAUUAUUCACACAAGUCGCCAAAGCUGGUCAGUUCGAACUCAUCCUCACCGUCACUAGGAGGUACCAUGCCAGAAAUCCCUAUUCCUGAGGCCCCGGAUCCAAGAUCGAAACCGGCAGCCUACCUGCGAAGUAUCCAUGCUGUUCGAGAAAGGACAAGGCUGGUUCUCGAGGAGGCCAAAGUCAAUGCUCUCAACCACUUUGAUGUAGAUUUGUCCAAGUUCAAGGACACCGCAGAUUACGUGGUUGCCAUUAUCAAGCGUGAUUUUCAGGGAGACUACGCCUCCAUUCCACCUCAUGGUCGCUGGCAACAUUUUGAAGUCGGUGGCAGACCCCGGGUAACUCAGUUGUUACAAUCGUGGCCAACCUCAAUUGACAACCAGGAGAGAGCACGUCGGCUGAUUGAUCUGUUCCUGGUAUCUGUACUCCUCGAUGCUGGCGCUGGCACCAAGUGGUCGUACAAGUCCAAAGAGUCCGGCAAGGUCUACUCCAGGAGUGAAGGUCUGGCCGUGGCUAGCCUGGAAAUGUUCAAAGCUGGAACUUUCAGCAGCGACCCCACUCAACCUCAUCAAGUUGACGCCGCUGGCCUGAAUAAAAUGAAUGUGGAGAGUCUGGCGAAAGGGAUGCAAGUCUCGGACUCCAACCCUAUGUCGGGGCUCGAGGGUCGGACUGGUCUACUCAUUCGACUCGCCUCUGCUCUGCAGAACGUCGAGAUUUUUGGCGUUGAAGGCCGACCUGGGAACAUGAUCGACUAUCUUUUAUCACAUCCCACCACUCAAGCCGCCUCAGUUCCCGUCAUUCCUCUACCCACUCUAUGGAGCGUUCUCAUGGACGGCCUGUCAGAUAUUUGGCCGGCAACUCGGACCACCAUUCAAGGAGUCUCCCUCGGUGACGCCUGGCCCUGCCGGGCCAUGCCCAGGUCUCCCCCUGCACAACUUUGGGAGACCAUUGUUCCCUUCCACAAGCUCACACAGUGGCUGUGCUAUUCCUUGAUGGUUCCAAUGACCAAGCUACUUAACGUUCAUUUCGCCGGGGCUGAAUUGAUGACUGGCCUCCCUGAAUACCGAAACGGUGGCUUGUUGGUCGACACAGGCCUGCUUACGCUCAAACCGGAGGACCAGCAGCGUGGGUUGAAGAACUACCAUGAAAUGGUCGGAGAUGGCAAUGCAAUCGAAGUGGUUCCAACUUUCCCACCCAGCGACGACGUGAUCGUGGAGUGGCGCGCCGUCACUGUUGGCUUUUUGGACGAACUCCUUGUCGCAGUCAAUGCAGGUCUUGGCCUGCAGGGCAUGGAACAAUUGACUUUGGCCCAAAUGCUUGAGGCAGGAACUUGGAAGGGUGGACGUGAAGUCGCACAGGUGUCCCGACCCAUCACUGGAGGGCCUCCCAUUGGCAUCAUUUCAGACGGCACCGUCUUCUGA